UCUUGUCCUAAUUAUGUACAGCCACACCCCUUGUAUGUUCUGUGCUCGUUGCUUCCUGGUUCAGCUCACCUGGUUUAACUAUCUCAUUCACUUCAUUGUUCUCCAUUAGUCCAUUUGUGUAUUUAUACUCCUUGUUUUUUAGUUUCCUUUGUCACUUCAUCCAUCCCUGUGUGGUCACUGAGAUUUCAGUUCAUGGAUUAACCCCUUUUUCCUGCAUUCCGUCUGUCUCCUGCCUCUCCGUCCUGCGUUUGGGUCCUCAUCUCCACCACACCGUGACACUCAGUCUUUGAUGUCUGUUGCUUCAUGUGGUCAGAUCAUUCUGUCAUGAUUUGAGGAGGAAGUGGACCCAAACGCAGGAUGGAGAAGGCAGGAGGCAGAUGGGUGCAGGAAUAAAGCUUGUGUCUUUUAACACAAGGCCAAACAAAGGAGACAAGACAGGGAAACGCAACAAAUGAUCUGACGAAGGACAACUGAAACCAAGGGGCAUAAAUACACUGAGGGACUAAUAAGGAACAGGUGAAGUGAAGGUGAGUUUGGGUGUCACUUGGUCCCUCCUCCAAGGAGGGCAAUGAUGGACUUCCUCCAGGACACAGCAAGUCUAUGUGAGAGGAGUCUGUGUGUGGCCCCCAAGUGUCCUCCCACAAGGUCCAGAAGGGGAGGGCCUUCUAGUUGCAAGGAGCUGAAGCCUCCCCGUUAGCAUAACCUCAAGGGAACUGGUGGGAAAGCUCCUUGGGCUGGACACAGAGCCAGCUUUUUGGCCCACGGUGUGGUCACCAGCACUUCAGAGUCUGACAGCAGCUCUUCAGCGUCUAACACCGGCACCCAGGUCCCAACCCUGGUCCACUCCACCCCAUGAGGUUCCUGUCUCCAAGGGGGUCGGGACAGGUGAAGAGAAUGAGAAAAAUCAAACCAGAUGCUCGGGAAACCCAAGAUUACUACACAAGUCACAUCAUAACAGCUAAAAAUAUGAAAACGGACUCGGAGGGAACCUUCCUCCUUCCAGAGGCAGAGGAGGUGGAUAGCAUGCGGCAUGUGGUGGUCUAUGACAGCAACACAAGCUGCUUAGAGGAGCAAGCCAGAGCAGUUGACUGUGCUCAAGUCCUGGCGACGGUCAGUCUUUAUCCAGUCCACAUAGUGAGAGGGGGCUUCCAGAGGUUCUCAGCUCUGUACCCUUUCUUAAGGACUGAGAAGAUACUUUACACUAUCACAGAGCUUGAAAACCUGAAGAUUUAUCCAGUGGAGAUUAUUCCAGGACUUGUGUUUAUGGGUGACCAGAAGCAAAGCAUGGAUGCAAGUAUCCUCACAGACCUGAAAAUUAGCGCGAUUGUCAGCUUCUCACAUCUUACACAGACUGAAUCUCUAGAAUCUACAAAGAGAAGCCAGACCAUCCUUAAUAUUCCUGUGGCUGAUUCUGUGGACUCUGAUUUAUAUUCAAGUUUUCAAAGGAUUUGCAGUUUUAUUGGUUCAUACAUCAGCGUGGGAUCUCGUGUCUUGGUUGUUUCCAGGCAAGGCAGAAGCCGCUGCAGCACUGUGACCAUUGCCUUCCUCAUGCAACGCUUCAAAUUUACACUAGAGGAAGCAUGGAUGAACGUGCUGAAAUGUAAACCCACCAUGAGGCCCAAUACUGGAUUUCUGCAGCAGCUUUCUGACUGGGAGCUUCAGACCAUGGGAAAGAAAUGGACUGAUGUCUCCCAGUGUCAUCUUUAACAACAGAAGUAGCAGUUAACAUUCAAGCUGAAGGGACAUCUGUCUUCUUUACCUUCACAAGAAAACUUAGCUUAGAUAAAGCUUCACAAAAAUGUGGCCAUUUAAAAGUUACUUCAGAAAAAUAAACUUGUAUAUUGUCAUUAUAUAACAGUUAGCUGGGCACUUGAUUUUCAUCCAUGUUUGCCAAUAAUUUGGGGAUUACUGGGCUUGACAUUUGUUUUAGUGAUGCAAUUAGUGACAUCUUAAUAAUUUAGUGAUGCACAACUCUGUUUUGGGAAAUGGUUUGAGACAUCAGUCCUUAAUGAGAGCUAUUACACAGCUCACAACAAUAAUGGGAAGACUUCAACAACA